AUGGAGAUAUGGGGACCGACAGUCAGCAAGAUGAUUUACGAGAUAGUUCUGUUGGCCGUCGCGUGCGCAUAUGUAUCAGCUGACUAUAGGAACGAUGGUGGAUUCCUACCGAGUCAGAGCUACCAAAGAACAGAAGAUCAAUUGGCUGAGCCGUCUCCUAGGAGCGACAAGAGCCGUGAUGAUAGAGAUGACCAUGGAGACAGAACUCAAAGAUUCGGGAUAUCUACUUAUGGAGCCACGGGCCCAUAUGGCGGAUCAGCUCCGGGCAUUUAUGGACCGCUAAAGAUAGAUCUUGGCGGUGUUCUCCUGGGUUCCAUCCUGGGUUUCGGAGCUGUCAUCGUGCUUCCGAAAAUUAUUCACGCCUUCUCCUACGGUUACGGCGGAUAUGGAAGAAGUGCAGAAACAGAUCUAACUCAGCUAUCCGACCUCCUUGGACGGUUUGAUGAGACGCUUAGCAGAUACAAUGUAGAUUCAGCAUCUUGCAUGCAACGUUUGGCUUGCUCUUAUGUACAAUUGGCUAACGAGAACAUGGUGACAGGAAAUGCUACAGAUUUCGAUGGAAUUCUCGCGACCGUAUCGAACAACUCCCUGGUGCAGCGAAUGUUUGAAGGCACUUCUAUUUACGAGGCUAUGAACGCGGGCCGCUCCUUGGAUACAGAUUGUCAUCAACGUUACUCCAAAUGUAGACUAGAUCGUAAUACAGUUGUCAAAAUUAUCACACAGAUUAUACCGUAG